CUCCAUGCAUCACUAGCCACACAGGCCUCUUGCAUUUACUCCUCUCGUCUCUCUGGUCGUCAUCAUCUUCUUCCUUCUUCCUUCUUCCUUCUUCUUUAACCCCACGUCUUCUCCCAACUCCAUUAAUUCAUCAUAUGGCUAGCAUAAGCUUCAUCAUCGGAGUCAUUGGUAACAUCAUUUCCUUCUUCGUUUUUACUUCUCCCAUAAAGACCUUCUGGGAGGUGGUGAAGAAGAAAUCGACAGGAGAUUACGAAGUGUUUCCUUAUAUAACGACAUGCUUGGGUACAAGUUUAUGGACUUUCUAUGGACUCCUGAAACCAGGUGGUCUGCUUGUGGUUACUGUGAAUGGAGCUGGUGCCUUUUUCCAGUUCAUCUAUGUCACUAUCUUUCUCAUCUACGCUCCCAAGGAUAAGAAGGUAAGGGCGGCAAAGCUGGUGGGGCUUUUAAACUUUGGGUUCCUUGGGGCGGUGAUUGCAGUAACUCUUCUAGCCAUGCAUGGAAAACUGCGGCUCACUUUUGUAGGACUUAUAUGUGUUGGAAUGACCACUAUCGUUUAUGGUUCACCACUCUCCGUCAUGAAAACGGUGAUCAAGACGAGGAGCGUGGAAUACAUGCCGUUUUUGCUAUCAUUCUCCCUCUUUCUAAACGCAUCAAUUUGGUUAAUAUAUGCUGCAGUUGUCAGAGACUAUUAUAUGACAAUACCCAGUGUUCUAGGAGUUGUGUUGGGGAUAGUCCAGUUCAUCCUUUAUGCAAUAUACAGUAAGCAGCCAAAGUCAACCAAAUCAACGGAUGAGAUGCAAGCAAAAGGAUCGGACAACGUGGUCAAAGGAGACUUGGAGAUGCAAGUUGGCAAUAGCAAGGGAGGUGAUUGCCAAUGUAAUCAUAAUUAGGGGAAAAAAAAUUAAUCCAAAAUGAUAAAUUGCUUUGAAUUAAAAAAAAAGUGAUGAUGUUUCUUGAUUUGCAAGCAAGGGGAUUGAUGGGCAUAUUGUGUUGUGGGUUUCUCUUGAAAGAACAGGAAACCAUCGAGUUUGUGAUCUUCUUUUUAAAUUAAAAUAAUCUUUUUGAUUAUUGUCUUGUUAUUACCAUAUUAUUAGAUUUGCCAAAAGUGGGUUUAACCUUUU